UUAAUUCACAGGUAGUUGCACGGAUCAUCACAUGGAUUAUGUUUACUUGGAUUAUUUUUGGAUUAGUGACUUUUUCACAUGGAGUCGAAAAGUUAUCAAACUUAGAAAGUUGCGCACUUGGUUUUUGUCCCCAAAAGAAAUACGCAAAAACAAUUCACUACGCAUUGAUAGCAGAUGUAAAAAUUAAUGAAAGUGCUAUAAUUUCGACCAUAACUAACAAGACAGCUGAUGAUCUUGAAGCUAUUUCUAUUGUUUACAAAUCUCUUUACGGUGAAUCAUUAAUCAAUCAAUUAAGGGAUUAUUUAACUGGAAAAUUUGAAGAGUUAGUGGUCGCAUUAAUAUCCAAAGACUAUGAGUUUUAUGCAAAAGAAAUACACCAUUCUCUUCGUGGAAAUAGUGAUGAUGAAAAUGUAUUAAUUGAUAUUUUAUUGACACAAGAAGAUGAAAAACUGAGAGCAUUGAAGCAGGCUUAUGCAAUUCAGUAUUUAACAUCUUUAGAGGAAGAAUUUGAAAAGCACACCACAGGAAAUUUCAGAAAAUUAAUAUUAAAACUUUUAGAAUGCAAAAGAGAUAAAUAUGAAGAAAUCAAUUAUUCUCAUGCAGAAAAUGAUGCAUGCAAGCUUUAUCAUGCAGUGAAUGCGCAGUAUGAAGAAGCCAACUAUGAUGAAUUUAUUGGCGUAAUGUCAUGUUUAAAUUGGCCUCAACUUCGACAAACUAUUAUGAAAUAUUAUACUCUAUUUGGAGAAAGUAUCGAGUCAGUUAUAAAGAAUAACUACAGUGGUGAUUUUGCACGGGCUCUUCUUGCAAUUGCUGAAUAUGCCAAGUCCAAAGAUAGCUUUAUCGCUCAACGUCUGUACCAAAGUCUCCAAGAUGACAUCGAUCAUCAUAGCUUGAUUCGUCUGAUAAUAAUCAGUAAAAAUAUAGGCCACAAUUACAUCAAGGAAGCUGUUCAAUUACGGCAACAUGUUUCAUUGAACCAUUUCAUUCUCGAAAGAACAAAUGGAAGCUAUCAAAAACUUCUUCUUGCUCUUUUUGCAGAGUAG